AUGAAGAACCGGCAAGAGACCUUCGUGGAAGACAUGGAGCGCUUGUACGACGUGCUUGAACGUGCAAAUAGCCCAGCAGGAUUGCUGGUCGUAAAAAUGCGCGAAAUGGAGGAGGGCACCUUUGUGGGCAAGGUGAAGGCUGACAAGGACCUUGCCGCCGUUUCCAAGAAGUACAAGCUGGACGAGCAGGCAGAGUCCAAGCUCGCAGAUAUCUUGGCACGGUAUGAUGACGCAAGGCGGAAAGAGUACUUGAUCGAGAUCGAAAGGCACCUUGAAGUGUCGAAUAGGCCGUCGGCCAUGGCCAUGAUGCUUCUGAGGAAGCUUGGCGAGGGCCAAUCCCUGGGGAAGCCGGGGCAGCCGGCACCUGGAAGUUAUCUGGACAACGCUCAGCGCGCUGCACGUGGGGAGACUGCCCGAGGAGGCCGCGAAGAGCGCGAGCGCAAGGAUCGAAAAAGCCCAGACAGAGACCGGCGGGAUCGCGACAAAGACCGAGAUCGGGACAAAGACCGCGACAGGCGACGGUCUCGCUCUCGGGACAAGCGGUCCCGCUCCCGAAGGAGAUAG